CUCACAACCCCCCUUCUCUUUAAUCUCAAGCUCCUCUCAUUUGAGGUCCAAACCCCUUCUUUUAAAGUCUUAACAAACACAAACAACUCUCUCCGACGCUCUCUGUCUCUCGUGUCUUUGAUAAUCAAGCUCUGUACUUGAAUAAGGACUUCUAAUAUGUGCAAAGGUUCUAAGAAUACAGCUAUCUCUUCAAAUUACAUCAUGGAAAAUGAAUUUCUGAAGCAGAAUGGUGCUAGCCUGUGUAAGUCAUCGGUUUUGGUCGAGUUGUCUGCCUCGGACAAUCUCGAUGCUUUCAGGAGUGAGGUAGAAGAGAAAGGUCUCCAUGUUGAUGAGGCCAGCUUUUGGUAUGGAAGAAGAAUUGGGUCAAAGAAGAUGGGGUUCGAAGAGAGGACACCGCUUAUGAUUGCUGCCAUGUUUGGGAGCACCAAGGUUUUGAAGUAUAUAAUUGAUUCUGGCAAGGCUGAUGUCAAUAGGUCGUGUGGUACUGAUAGGGUUACUGCCCUUCACUGUGCCACUGCUGGCGGCUCCUCUUCUUCACUUCAGGUUGUCAAGCUCUUGCUUGAUGCAUCUGCUGAUGCUAAUUGUGUCAGCGCUAAUGGAAACAAGCCUGUUGACUUGAUUGCCCCUGCCUGGAAGUCACCUUGCAACUCAAGAAAGACCAUGGAGAUGCUGCUGAAAGGUGAUAUGUCACUUUUGGGAAAUGAUAUUGAUGAUCAAGAGGUUCCAAGCCUUCAGUUGUUGAAAGAGGGAAGCGAGAAGAAAGAUUAUCCUAUCGAUAUUGCAUUGCCUGAUAUCAACAAUGGGAUUUAUGGUUCAGAUGAGUUCAGAAUGUACACUUUCAAGGUGAAGCCGUGCUCCAGGGCAUACUCUCAUGACUGGACUGAGUGCCCUUUUGUUCACCCCGGUGAGAAUGCAAGGAGGAGAGACCCGAGGAAGUAUCCAUACAGCUGUGUCCCCUGCCCUGAGUUCCGCAAAGGCUCUUGCCAGAAGGGAGAUGUCUGUGAAUAUGCUCAUGGUGUUUUCGAGUCCUGGCUGCAUCCUGCUCAAUACCGCACUCGCCUUUGCAAGGACGAGAUUGGUUGCACUAGGAAAGUGUGCUUCUUUGCUCACAAACCUGAAGAGUUGCGCCCAGUGUAUGCUUCCACGGGUUCAGCCAUGCCUUCACCUAGGUCUAUGUCAGCCUGUGCUGGAGAUAUGUCAACCAUGAGCCCAUUAGCUCUUGGUUCACCAUCUCUGUCCAUGCCUACCGCAUCAACACCACCCAUGUCUCCGAUUGCAUCCUCCUCUCCGAAAAAUGGAGGUCUGUGGCAGAACAAAGUUAACCUCACCCCACCAGCCUUGCAGCUUCCAGGUAGCAGGCUAAAGAGCGCUUCAAGUGCUCGUGAUUUGGACUUGGAGAUGGAAUUUCUAGGUCGUGAUCACGCUAACCAACAGCAACAGCACAUGUGGGAUGAGAUGUCUCGUCUCUCCUCUCCAUCUUGCUAUAAUAACAGCAGGAUUGGAGAAUUGAAGCCAACUAACCUUGAUGACGUUUUUGGAUCCUUUGAUCAUUCUUUAUUGUCCCAGUUACAGGCACUCUCAACGCAAUCCCAGUUACAAUCUUCACCUGGGCUCCAGAGUCGGCAAAACAUGAACCAACUUCGUUCAAGUUACCCAUCCAAUUUGCCAUCCUCUCCUGUGAGGAAGCCCUCAUCAUUUGGGCUUGACUCACCUUCAGCAUUGGCAGCAGCAGUUAUGAAUUCAAGGUCUGCUGCCUUUGCAAACCGGAGUCAUAGUUUCAUUGACCGCAGAGCAGCGAACCAUCUUCCAGGGUUUACAUCGGCUGCUAACUCAAACACCACGAUGUCCUCAUCGGAUUGGAACUCACCUAGUGGGAAAUUGGAUUGGGGAAUCCAAGGAGAUGAUCUGAACAAGCUGAGGAAGUCUGCUUCUUUUGGGUUCAGAAGCAACAAUACUGGAUCACCAAACAACCUGAUCCCAUCAGCUCUUGAUGAGCCAGAUGUGUCUUGGGUCAAUUCUCUUGUGAAAGAUGUUUCGUCCGAGAGGUCUGAGAUGUUUAGUGCAGAAAGGCAGAACUAUCGUCACCUGAACAAGGGGGUUCAUGAAAUGCUACCGUCAUGGGCGGAGCAGAUGUAUAUAGAACAGGAGCAGAGGGCAUAAGCAACAAUGCUGCUGGAGAAGGCUAAUACUUUGGAGUUCCUACUAGUAUUUGAUUUAUUUAUCAUAGUUUUACUUGUAAUGUAAGAGGAGGAGACAGUUUACACCGAAACCAAAUUCAAUUCAAUCAAGACCCCUCAGUUCUGGGCAGGAGGAAGGUGAUGAAGAUAGAUAGAAGAACUGAAGAGCGGCUGUAAUUUUUUUUAUUAUAUUGUAUUUAUUUAUUUAUUCCCCUCCCAUCUGGGAAAUGUUAAUUGUAGUUCUCCAAAGAGAUGAGUGAAUCAGUUGCAGGAAUGCAUUUUUCAGACGUUUA